AUGGCCUCCCCACCCUCCAACGGCAGCCACCCCGAAGGCGUCUUCUCCUUCCUCGACACCGACCUCUACAAACUCACCAUGCAAUGCGCAGUCCUCAAAUUUUUCCCCUCCAUCGAAGUCGCCUACGCCUUCACGAAUCGCACCCCGUCCAUGCGCCUCAACCGCGCCGCGUUCGCUUGGCUGGAAACACAAAUUGCGAAGUUGGCGGAUAUUACGCUUAGCUACCGUGAACUGGGGUUUCUGAGGAAGCACUGUCCGUACUUUGGGGAUGAGUAUCUUGGGUUCUUGCAGAAUUUUCGGUUAAGGCCGCGGGAGCAGGUGCGGUUGAGGUUUGAAGGGGUGGAUGAGGAGGGGUAUGGGGAUUUGGGGAUCGAGGUGGCAGGGUUGUGGGUUGAGACGAUAUUGUAUGAGAUUCCGCUGUUGGCGUUGACGAGUGAGGCGUUUUUUCGGUUUGUGGAUACGGAUUGGGGGUAUGAGGGGCAGGAGGAGAAGGCGUAUGAGAAGGGGGUGAAGUUGUUGAAGGGCGGGUGUAGUUUUUCGGAUUUUGGGACGAGGCGGAGGAGGGAUUUCGAGACACAGAGACGGGUGGUCAGAGGAUUGGUUCGCGCGAGUAAGGACGUUUCUGGACCGGGAACCGGGACGCUCAGCGGGACGAGUAAUGUGUACAUGGCGAUGGAGAGUGGCAUAAACCCGAUCGGCACGGUGGCGCAUGAGUGGUACAUGGGCAUUGCGGCAAUCACGGACAACUAUGAGACGGCGAACGAGCAAGGACUGCGGUUCUGGAUGCAGUGCUUUGGUAAGGGUGUCCUGGGUGUGGCGCUGACAGACACUUUUGGGACGCCGAAUUUCUUUAAGGCGUUCAAGAAGCCGAUACAGGCGAGGAGACGGUCUUCGGCUGCAUAUGAUGCUGCGAAGGAGGCUGUACAGCAGCCAUCGUUCGCGGAGGUGUACACUGGCAUCCGCCAGGACUCUGGAGAUCCGAAAGAGUAUGUCAAGCUGGCUGCGGAGUUCUACGAGGCGCAUGGCUUCCCGAAGCGGACGAUUGUCUUCUCAGACUCACUGAAUGUGGAUUUGUGCUUCGAGUACAAAAAGGUCGCCGAGCAGCAUGGCUUUGUGCCAUCGUUCGGGGUGGGGACUUUCUUCACUAACGACUACACACACAAGAGCAGUCCGGAGACGAAGUCGAAGCCGCUGAACAUUGUCAUCAAGUUGUCAAAGGCGGGCGGACAGCCGGCGGUGAAGAUAUCGGAUAAUGCUGGGAAGAAUACCGGCGAUGCGAGUGCUGUGAAGCGGGUAAAAGACCAGCUAGGAUACACCGAGGGAGGCUGGGAGGGUGUUGAGGAGAACUCGAGGUGGUGA